UGUCACGGUCACCCAAGAGCCACGGGCAGGAUUCGCCAGAUCGCGCCCGUUGCGUUUGCUCUGCAGAAAUAUAACGCCGACUACGACCUCUCGGCUACGCAAGGGGCGGACACGCUGGCCUUCGUGUCCCUGCUGGAGGAGAAACUGCUGCCCGUGCUGAUCCACACUUUCUGGGUGGACACAAAGAACUACGUGGAGCACACGCGGAAGUGGUACGCGGAAACCGUUCCCUUCCCCCUGAACUUCUUCCUGCCCAACUGCAUGCACAAGCGGCACCUGGAGCGGCUGCAGCUUAUGUGGGGAGACGGCUACAUGGAGGAUGAGGAGAAGCUGGAGAAGGAGCUCUACCGGGAUGCUCGGGAAUGUCUGACACUCCUGUCCCAGCGCCUCGGCUCCCAGAAGUUUUUCUUCGGAGACUCGCCGGCCUCCCUCGACGCCUUCGUCUUCAGCCGCCUGGCGCCGCUCCUGAAGGCAAAGCUGCCCAACGGGAAACUGCAGCAGCACCUCAAGUCCCUGCAGAACCUCUGCAACUACUGCUCCUCCAUCCUCAGCCUCUACUUCCCCUGGGACGGAGGGGAGCCCCCAGCCAGCGCCCCGCGGGCUGCGGGUGCCGACGGCGGCGAGGCGGAGGAGGACCCCCACAAACGGCGCAACCAGGUGCUGUCGGUGCUGGUGGGACUGGUGGCCAUGCUGGGCUACGCCUUCCUGAGCGGCAUCGUCUCCAUCCAGCGCGGUGGCGCGGGGCCGGCUGCUCGCCAGCCCAUUGCUCUGGAGGAGGAGGAAGAGGAGGAGGAAGAGUGAGGAAGCGCUGUGUGACUGUUCUUUCUCCAGCCCCUGGAACUGACUUUUUACACCGAGAGCCUGGCAGCAUCGCUCCCUGAGGGUGCUCCGCUCCGCGCCCCACCGGGAAUCGCAGCCCUCUCUGCGGGGAGCGUGCCUGCCAUGCCAAUAAACCUCCCUCUCUCC